AUGCUGCCAGCACUGAGGAAUGUUGCCAGCAGUGGCAGCUCCCUCACGUGGCAAGUGUGGGCGCUGCAUGCAUCACCACCGAGGGAUCCUAUCGCCUCCCUGCAGCUCAUCUACUCACUGGCUGCUGGCGCUGGUGCUGCUGGUGGUGUGGCUGCUGCUGGUGACGCUGGUGCUUCUGCUGCUGGCGGUGGUAAAGCAGUGGGGCUUGAGCACUUGGAGGAGGUUAGAUGUCUGGUGGUGGUGGGAAUGGUGGGGGUGGUGAUGGUGGUGGUGGGGAUGGUGGUGGUGGGGAAUGGUGGUGGUGGGGAUGGUGGUGGUGGUGAUGGUGGUGGUGGGGAUGGUGGUGGUGGGGAUGGUGGGGGUGGUGAUGGUGGUGGUGGUGGUGGGGAUGGUGGGGGUGGGGAUGGUGGUGGUGGUGAUGGUGGUGGCGGGGGUGGUGGUGGGGAUGGUGGUGGUGGUGAUGGUGGUGGUGGGGACGGUGGGGUUGGUGAUGGUGAUGGUGAUGGUGAUGGUGGGGAUGGUGGGAGUGGGAACGGUGGGGGUGGGGAUGGUGGUGGUGGUGAUGGUGAUGGUGGGGAUGGUGGGGGUGGUGAUGGUGGUGGUGGGGAUGGUGGGGGUGGUGACGGUGGUGGCGGGGAUGGUGGUGGUGGGAGUGCUGUGCGGGAGGGGAAAAUGGAACACAGGGAAUGGAAACAACAACUUUAG